AGCGCAGGCGCAGGAAGGCUCAUUAGUUCAGAGCUAGCAGAGGAAGAAGGGCAGCAGCAGCAGCUGCAGACGAGAACAGCUAUGGCGAGGUGGCGACACGGGAUCUCGAUACUAUUCGAUAGUGGUAGAGUUAAGGGAGUGCUGUAGAUCUUCUUCACAGGAGCAGGAAAGGAAAGGAAAGGAGGAAGAGCAGGAAAGGGAAGGAGGAGGGAGAGGAGAAAGAGGAGGAAGGGGGAGACGCGGGGCUGCGGUGUGGUUGGGGGGCCACUGGCUUCGUGGGCGAAGUGACAGUCGUUUGUGUGUGUCCCCUCGCCGGUGGUGUGCUGCCCUUCCUUCAUAUACGCCCUUUCUUUCGAUCGGCCAGUCUCUCUGACGGGAGCGAGCAGCUUUGGUUCCUCGAACGGAGCCGGAGAUGCGCGAGGAGAUUUGGAAUCCAAUUUUCUAGUGUUUUGGAGCGGUGUUGCGUGCCGGGUGGAGAGGUGGGCGAUGCAUUAUGCGUGAGCAUGGAGUAGGGGGCGGAAUAGUAUGGAGGCGGCGACGAGUCUGGAGUGUAUCGGGGCGAGUGAGUUUAGUUUGGGACUGUGAGAGUGGAAUGCGCUGUGGGACGAACUUUUGAGGGGUGUUGCUCCCGGGAGAGAGUAUUUCGGGCGGAUAGCGAUCAGGGAUCUCAAUGUGCUGUUGAUGGGAUUGUAUCGUGAUCGCAUUGAGUAAUCGAGGGGAUCGUUAAACGACGAGUUUUUUGUGCUGUGAGUGUGUCAGUUGCUCUCAGUUUGUUUCCUUCGUGGCGGGGACUUAAAAGUGAGGGCAGAGUUCGUGGACAUUUUGUAUGGAGACAGAGAGUUGGAAGUUGCGAGAACAGAGAACAUAAUGAAUUGGCCGACUUCUCGACGCCCUAGGGAGAUCGAUGGUACCGUGGGUAGCCAGUACUGUACGGCAGAGAGCAAGGCUGGAUGUUUGGUCUUCGUGCAAUCAAGGAUUUGGACUAGCAUUGUGUCGCGGCAGCCUGUGUUUCUACGAAGGAUUUGAUCAUUAGAUGGUCUAGUAUUUACUGGGAAUCGAACUCACACUCCUUCUACUGCAACUUUUCGGUGAUCACGAUCUCUUGCAGCUGCCUAUUUCGUAGCACAUCAUGCCAUCAAGAAGAGCCACAGUGACUGGUUUUGCCCAGCGGACCAGGAGUAUGCGAUGCCGUUCUCAAGUUUUCAUUUUGCUCGUCGUAACUGUGAUUGCUCCCCUCAUCUUUUUGGCGGGGAGGGCGACGAAUUUCAAUUCCACUGUCAGCAGUCACAAGGACUUCGAUGUACAUGAUCUUACCACGGAUCAUGGAGGCGAGCUAAGAAGAUUAAAUGCAUUGGAACACAUCGAAACUCUAUUUCCGAAGGAAGUUUUGAAGGUCAUCUACUCUCAUACGGAGGAAACUGGAGCCUUGAACAUGAACUUAGUGGGCCGCAAAGAUCUCGCUUCAUCUUUGAUUCAAGAAGAGACGGCAGAGGAUCAAGGAGAGGGGCAGGUUAGGUCGGUUAUUCAGGAUCAGGGGGAAGUUGCCAAUCAGGAGCAAGGAGCGGAUGAUAUCAAGGUCUCACUGGCCGAGGUGGAGGCAGAAGUUGGAGGACGCGCAGUGGACCUGCAUUCAACCGAAGAUGACUCUGCGAAAGAAACGAGGAAGCAAUUCAGGCAUCGUAGGCAUGAGAAAAGGCUGACAGAGCUCAUCCGGCAGGAUGAAGAUGAAGACAAGAAGGCGGAGAAUGAAGCCAUGGAACGCAACAAGGAAGUUGAAGUCGGAGUAGAUGGUAAAUUCAGCAUAUGGAAACGAGAAGAUGCUGAAAAUCCUGACGCCAUGGUUCGCAUUAUGAGAGACCAACUAAUCAUGGCGCGUGCUUACGCUGCAAUCGCGGAGUCCACCAAUAACGGACGUCUCCUUCGAGAGUUGAAAGCGAAAAUUAAAGAAAACAUUAAACUGCUGGGAGAGGCGAAUGUCGAUUCCGAGUUACCACCAGGCAUAAAGGAUAAAAUCAAGCUGAUGGCGCGCCUCCUGACGAAAGCCCGAGAUCAGCAUCGAGAUUGUGCAAUGAUGGUGAAGAAGUUGCGGGCGAUGUUGCAGACCUCAGAAGAACAUGCUCGCACGCUCAAGAAGCAAAGUACUUUCCUGAGUCAGCUGGCAGCGAAAACCAUUCCCAAGGGUCUUCAUUGUUUGUCGAUGUCGUUGACGCUCCAGUACCAUCUUCUGCCUCUUGCCGAGCGUGAAUUACCAGAAUCUCCGAAGCUCGAGGAUCCAACCCUUUAUCACUAUGCAAUCUUCUCGGACAACAUUCUCGCAGCGGCGGUUGUUGUGAAUUCUACGAUCAUUCACGCCAAGGAACCAGAGAAGCAUGUCUUUCACGUGGUUACCGACAGGAUGAACUUCGGAGCUAUGAAAAUGUGGUUUUUGGAAAAUUCUCCAGGUCUUGCCACUAUUCAAGUGGAGAACGUCGAUGAUUACAAGUGGCUGAAUGCAUCAUACUGUCCAGUUCUUCACCAACUUAGCUCAGCGUCUAUGAAGGAUUACUACUUCAAAGCAGACAACGGUGCAAGCCUGGCCACCGUUUCUUCCAACUUGAAGUACCGAAAUCCCAAGUACUUGUCCAUGCUAAAUCAUCUGCGUUUCUACCUUCCCGAGGUGUUUCCGAAGCUCAAUAAGGUGCUCUUCUUGGAUGAUGAUGUCGUUGUACAAAAGGACCUCAGCGCUUUAUGGGAUGUCGAUCUGCACGGAAAUGUGAAUGGUGCUGUAGAGACUUGUGGGCAGAGCUUUCAUCGCUUCGACAAGUACUUGAAUUUUUCACAUCCAGAUAUUGCCAGCAAUUUCGAUCCAAUGGCUUGUGGGUGGGCAUAUGGCAUGAACAUGUUUGAUCUCGUCGAAUGGAAGAAACGUGAUAUAACCGGCAUCUACCAUAAGUGGCAAAGAAUGAACGAGGACAGAACACUCUGGAAGCUCGGGACAUUGCCUCCUGGCCUGAUUACGUUUUACAACAUGACGUUUCCACUGGACAAAUCAUGGCAUGUUCUGGGUCUCGGCUACAACCCUGGUGUUCUACACAGUGAACUGGAAGCUGCUGCCGUGGUACAUUACAACGGAAAUAUGAAGCCGUGGUUAGAGAUUGGGAUGUCUCGGUACAAGCCCUAUUGGACAAAGUAUGUGAAAUAUGAUCAUCCCUCUCUGCAGCAGUGCAAUAUCAACGAAUAAGAACCUCAAAUUUUGGUAGCCUGGAUGCAGAAGAACCAAUAUGUUCAGUCUCAAAGAUGGACUGACUUGACUACCCGUGUAGCCUGCGCCAUCAGUAUCACAUGGACUACAGGGUUUAGCCUUCUGUCUUGCAGCCCCAUUUGUUCUAUAGGAGAGUCGGCACAGAAAGUAGAUUAGGAAUUAGGAGAGGAAAUCAGAUAGCAGCGGGGUUGUUUGAACUGGGUGGCCUUUGAGGUGACGAUACCAGCCAACCAGCUACAAUUUGGUCCAGAAAACUCGAUGGCUAGGCUUCCUGCUAGAAUACUGCCGGUGAGGGGAGGUCAAGUCUUCCAUUGUAUGGUGUAUAUAAUCAUUACUUGGAUUUGUGAAGAACUCUAUUGAAGUUCUCUUCAAUGUAUCUCUCGAAAGGCGGACACACGCGGACUUUUUGAUUUUAUUUUAAAUCCGGGUUACACUCUGUUCUGU